AUGGCGCGACCUAUGGAUCACACUACCUGCUUUUGUUACCUCAACAAUAGUUCGCCAACAUCUGCCGUGCUCCGCCCGCGCCUGCCCGAACUCCUGAAUGUCUCCCAUGUAUUCAGGACGGAAGCGAGUGCGAGGCGGAACAAUGUCCAUUCCGCUCCGGCGUCGACGGAUACAGAGCAGGCGCCUGCGGAUGUGGAUUUACUCUUUUAUUUAUCGUACGAUCUAGACCGCAUCUGUCGACAUACAGCUGCCCUUUAUGGUAUUCUAGUUGCGACCUCCGCUAACUUCAAAGUCGCCAGGUGUCACUCCCGAAGACCGAACUGUGAUAAGUGUUUAUCAAGUCACGUGUCGCCGGGAAAGUUAUCUUAA